AUGGAGGUGGCGGAGGAGGUGAAGGCAGCAGCAGCCGCGUUUCAUUAGUCUGUCAAACUCAAUGAUAUUUAAAGCCUAGCAGGCAGCGUGGUGGUCCAGCACUGCAAACUCAAUCAGCGCUGUGAUUUCAUAACCCUGCUCUGUGACACCUUUUAUUUUAUCUACCUGCUGAUCCCUUCUAAUAAACGCCGCUCCACGUCACGCUGAAAUACGACCUCUCCGUCCUCCCCGUGUGAGGCUCGAGAGAAGAGGCGAGGGUAUAAAUCAGAAUUGUGGGAUACUGGAGGUUGGCUGAUAAUCCACCCGGUCGGCAAGCGCCUCAAAUUCAUCUGCAUCCCAAAUGGCACCCUAUUCCCUAUUUAGUGCACUACUUUUGACCAGUUCCCAUAGGGCUCUGGUCAAAAGUAGUGCACUAUAUAGGGAAUAGGGUGCCAUUUGGGACGCAGUCGUCGUCCCCCGACCGUUCCCCCUCUCUACUGCACAAAUCACAGCGUUUCAGUAGGACAAGGCUGAUCUGUGGCUCUGGGUGUUUCAUGAGAGGCCAUUGAUUGUAGAAGAAGGAGAGGAGGAGGAGAGGAGGAGAGGAGGAGCGGGCUGUAAAUAAUUUGAGCAGGAAGGAAAGGACAGCUAAAAGGAAAACAAUUAUCUGUAGGCGGAGAGGGAGGAGAGAACACAAAGUAAAGAAUGAUAAACACAAUGAAAGAUGUUUGACUUGAGGUGAUGUACUGUAGGAAGCUCGGGCCGGGGUGGAAUACUCUGAAAACCUACCUUAUGUACAGUAUAGGCUGGUUAGAUGUCCUUGAGUGGGAUGGUAGUAGGAGAUUGUUGCCGGGCAUACACUACACAAUUUUACCGCGAAUCCGCAACGUUUUUGCCGUCCCUGAUAAAUGUUCAUGAUCAGGGUGAAAUCUUGUAGUAUGAGCAGUGCUACGACGAGAUUGGGCAAGGACUACUGCCAAAAGCCAAUAAGCACUUCGGCGAUGUCAUUUACAAAAUGGCCUCCAACACUCUACUCAGCAAAUUGGAUGUAGUCUAUCACAUUGCCAUCCGUUUUGGCACCAAAGCCUCAUAUACUACCCACCAUUGUGACCUGUACGCUCUCGUUGGCUGGCCCUCACUACAUAUCCGUCGCCAAACCCACUGGCUCCAGGUCAUCUAUAAAUCACUGCUAGGCAAAUCCCCGCCUUAUCUUAGCUCAUUGGUCACCAUAACAACACCCACCCGUAGUAUGCGCUCCAGCAGGUAUAUCUCACUGGUCAUCCCCAAAGCCAACACCUCCUUUGGCCGCCAUUCCUUCCAGUUCUCUGCUGCCAAUGACUGGAACGAACUGCAAAAAUCUCUGAAACUGGAGACUCUUAUCUCCCUCACUAACUUUAAGCAUCAGUUGUCAGAGCAGCUUACCGAUCACUGCACCUGUACACAGCCCAUCUGUAAUUAGCCCACCCAACUACCUCAUCCCCAUAUUGUUAUUUAUUUUGCUCAUUUGCACCCCAGUAUCUCUAUUUGCACAUCAUCUUCUGCACAUCUAUCACUCCAGUGUUAAUACUAAAUUGUAAUUAUUUUGCACUAUGGCCUAUUUAUUGCCUUACCUCCAUAACUUACUACAUUUGCACACAUUGUAUAUAGAUUAUCUAUUUUUCUAUUGUGUUAUUGACUGUAAGUUUUUGUUUAUCCCAUAUGUAACUUUGUGUUGUUGUUGUUUUUAUCGCACUGCUUUGCUUUAUCUUGGCCAGGUCGCAGUUGUAAAUGGCCUACCUAGUUAAAUAAAGGUUAAAUAAAUAAAAAUGUGAGACCAAAACAAUGGGCAAGUUCGUUUUGCAUAGCCCGGUUUCCCGGGUGGGCGGAGUUUGUACAUUUUAGACCAUUCUAUUGGUCCUUAAGUGAAAUCUCCACCCACCCGGGGUACCGGGCCAUGCUAAACAAACUCGCCCAAUCAUGGUGAAGAGGAAAGCAACAACAACACGCACCAUGUGGACCGAGGUGAUGGAAGACAUAUUGGUGGAGCUGUGGAGAGAACGCAGCCUUUUCAAUUUUACCUCUGCGUCCUACAAUGACAGAAACCAAAAAGAUAAAGGCUGGGAUAAAAUAGCCUCUCCCCUAUAGCAACCUGGUUUUAUAUAAAAAAAAGUUAUAUUAUUACCCUAAAAGUUAUAGUCUGUCCAGCCAUUUGUGGGUCCAUAUUCUGCGCCUCCGUCUCUUAUUUGAUGUUUCUGCACAUAAUAAUGUGCACACUAAUAAAGCAGCUCGCUGUUUGCUUGUCGGCAUUUUUUUUCCAGUGCAGGAUCAACUAGGGAAUCAUGGUGUAAUGUGAGCACCCACGUCCUGGGGUUGAGGAUGGAUGCAAUAAAAUAUUUGGGACAAGGAAAUCAAGAACUGUCCAAUUUGUUAAGAUUUUCUCCUCUCGGCUGAUUCAAAACAGCUUCCAUACAGAUAUCUUUAACUUAGGUGAUUCAUAGUGUGUGUUUGUGACUCAAUGUGCUGUUCAGCCUCUCACCAUGUUCUUUGAUGUCUUCUCUCUGUCUGUUUGUCUCUGUGUGUCUGUCCCUUGUGUGCCUCUGUGUCUUCCUUCCACCAGCAGACGACAGAUGACAUAGUAUCAUCAGCGGAGUGUUCCAGCGAUGACGAGGAUCUGGAGGAGUGUGAUUCCGGACACGCAGGUGGGAUGGGUGUGUCGAGUUGUGCUUGCUCAGACCUACCAGUCUUUCUUUCUUUCUUACUUUGAUUUGCAACCAAAACCAAAAAGAGGAUCGUUCUCCUCUAAGCAUCAGGUCCCAUGGGAGCCUAAAGUGUAACUUCAAAAGACUUCCUAAAAUCACCAAGAGAUACAGUAGCACGAGUCUAAGGUUUUAGCUAAAUGGAAAGUUGAAAGUGCUCUAAGCACUUUGGAGUUGGAUGAAAGUAAGAUGAUAUCCUUAGCAUGCCCUCUGUAGAAAAGUCACUUUUUAAGUUUUAAGUUAUGUUUAUGCUCCAAACUGUAAGUAACCGCAUAUAUACAUAGUUCUAGACACACCCACAUAUAGUAUAGUGUUAUAGCCUAUAGUCAGUGAUACAGUUUUAGUAUAGUCUCUGAUAUAAGUUACACUUAGCAAUGGGGCCUUUGGUCGUUAACAUGGUUAAAACCGUUAAUACUAAUUUUGUUCUCUCAGCAUUCAAGAGAGCAAACUUUCAAUCAAAAAGUACAAAAUUAGUAUCAAGCUCCAUGUUCACCUGUCCAAACUGAUGCUUCAAAAUGUAUCUGUCCUGUUUUAAAUGGUUGACAUGUUUCUUGCUGUGCGUGUGUGUGCGUCUUCUCGACAGAGGAUACAUUUUGAGAAAAAAUGUCAAAGAACAAAAUGCUUUCAGCAUAGAUACUGUGAUAUGUGGCAGACUAACUGCAACGGACCCAGUCCUCCCCCUCUCUCUUUCUCCUGUUUGUUCCUUUGUUUCCUUAUACGUCGGAGGCUUGCCUUACCUGAAACAUUCUAAUAGAGAACAGAUAUCCUCGAAUUUCUGUGCGCAUCGUUUUUCUGUCUCUCCUCCUAUACCACACAUAGUUUGUCACCAGGUUAAAGUGAGAUAUACAGUGACUUCAGAAAAUAUUAAUACCCCUUGACUUAUUCCACAUUUUGUUGCGUUACAGCCUGAAUUCAAAAUGGAUUAAAUAUAUUCUUUUUUCUCACCAAUCUACACACAAUACCCCACAAUGACAAAUUGAAAAUAUGUUUUUAUACAUUUUUGCAAAUGUAUAAAACAUUAAGUACAGAAAUGUCUCAUUUACAAAAGUGUUCACAUCCCUGGGUCAAUAUUUUGUAGAAGCAUCUGUGGUGGCGAUUACACAUCUGGAUUUGGGGAUUUUCUCCCAUUCUUCCUAGCAGAUUUUCUCAAGCUCUGUUAAGUUAGAUGGGGAGUGGUGGUGAACAGCAAUCUUCAAGUAUUUCCACAGAUUUUCAAUGGGAUUCAAGUCUGGGCUUUGGCUGGGCCACUCAAAGACUUUGACAUUCUUGUUCUGAAGCCAUUCCAGCGUUGCUUUGGCUGUAUGCUUAGGGUCAUUGUCCUGUUGGAACGUAAAUCUAAGGUCAUUUGCACUUGGAAGCAGGUUUUCAUCAAGGAUUUCCACAAUAUAUUGGCUCCAUUCAUUGUUUCCUCUAUCCUUACCAGACUUCCAGUCCCUGCCUCUGAAAAGCAUCACCAUAGCGUGACGCUGCCACCAACAUGCUUCACAGUAGAUGAGCUGUGCCUGGUUUUCUCCAGACGUAGAGCUUUGCAUUCAGGCCAAAUAGUUAAAUUUUGGUCUCAUCAGACCACAGAAUAUUUUGCCUCAUGCUCUCAGAGUCCUUCAUGUUCCUUUUUGCAAACUCCAGGCGUGCUGUCAUGUGCCUUUUUCUCAGGAGUGGCUUCCCUUUGGCCACUCUCCAAUAAAGCCCAGAUUGGUGAAGUGCUGUAGAGACUGUUGACCUUCUGGCAGGUUCUCCCAUCUCAGCCAAGGAACUCUGUAGUUCUGUCAGAGUGGUCAUUGGGUUCUUGGUCAUUGGGUUCUCCCUGACCAAGGUCCUUCUUGACCGGUUGCUCAGUUUGGUUGGACAGCCAUCUCAAUUUGGAGUGUCAUAGCACAGCGGUGUGAAUACUUAUGUAAAUGAGAUAUUUCUGUAUUUCAUUAUCAAUACAUUUGCAAAAAUGUCUAAAAACAUAUUUUCACUCUUUUUUUUUUGGGGGGGGGGGGGUCAAUUUUGAAUUCAGGCUGUAGCACAACAGCAUGUGGAAUAAGUCAAGGGGUAUGAAUACUUUCUGAAGGCACUGUUACUCUCACUUCACUUAACAGUAGUGUGAAAUAAUAAUAACACAUAAUAUCAGAGGUGAUAAUUAAGUGUGUUUUAAAUGGAAACAUGUCACUUGUUUUGAGACGACUUGGGUUUAGGGUUUUAUGCAUGUUAAUAUUCAUAUCAAGCUGUGAAUCAUGUUCCCAACAGAGCUCACGCAGUCGUGUUGUCUGUCGUAUGAGGAUAAUAAACCCAGAUAGACUCCUAUUGCGCCUGAGAAUGAAUAACUACUAACUAAUACUGUCUGGUUCAGUGGGCGAACCAGCACGGAAAUAGAAAUUACUAGGUUUUACUGAGAAUGGUGUGACAAACAAAAAACAUCCAGUCAGCGGCAGUCCUGUGGCCGAAAACAGGUUGUUGAUAAGAGAGGUCAAAGGAGAAUGGCAAGAAUCGUGCAAGCUAACAGGCGGGCCACAAUCAGACAAAUAACGGCGCAGUACAACAAUGUUGUGCAGAACGGCAUCUUGGGAACGCACAUGGGCUAUUGCAGUGGGUUCCACUCCUAUCAACUAAAAACAAGAAGAAGCGGUUCCAGUGGGCACGCGAUCACCAACACUGGACAAUUGAAGAGUGGAAAAAUAUUGCCUGGAACAUGACAGAGAGUUCAGUUUACUUGAGUGGCCUGCGCAGUCCCCAGACCUCAACCCAAUAGAGCAUCUUUAGGAUGAGAUGGAACGGGCUGUUCGCAGCAUGAAUGUACCGCUGUCCAAUCUGCAGCAACUAUGUGAUGCCAUCGGGUCAGCAUGGACCAACAUCCCUGUGGAACAUUACCGACACCUUAUAGAAUUCCCCGAAGAAUUCAGGCUGUUCUGGAGGCAAAGGGGGGUCCGACCCGGUACUAGAUGGGUGUACCUAAUAAACUGGCCAGUGAGUGUAUAUCUAUGGUGUGAAGGACCUCUCCCCCUCUCUCUCCUCCCCUGAAGCCCUAUGGCAGUCAUUCACUAGCAAGCGAAAGCUUUUUAAUUACUGGGCUGUCCUUCAGAAUGCCAUCGUAGAACACUAAUUAAUGCCUCACUAAUCUGCCUAAAUAUGCCCGGGCUAAUUACGAAACAUAUGUCCACUUUUCACCGAGCACAAUGUGAAGCAGAUUCCAUUAAGACCAAUUGAAAACGCUAUAUUGGCCUAUUCUGUUAUUCCUGGUAGAAGAUCAUGGAUCGACGAUUCGGCUUAUUUAUUUAUAUAUUUUAUUUAUUUAUAUAUUUCCGUGUUGAGAUAGGUUUCUGAAUAUGUGUACAGGGAUAAGGAAGUAAUUCUACAGUUUAUAAUCUCUAGAGCUUUGUCAUCUUAUAGUUUUAUUGUAACGUAGGCUAAGGGCAUUCGUUGUGUGGAAAUUGUGCUUAAGGUUUUUUAGCAGGAAUGUUAUCUUUUCUUGUGUGUGGUCCUUUUGAUUUGACUAUUGUCAGGAGAAAGUAAUUUCCUCUGCAAAGCCAUGCAUAUGAUAGCUUUAUGUUAUCUUGUGGCAUGGAGUUACGUCUGUAUUUACCCUAGAAGAAAUGAAAUGGACAUGGCUGACAGCUUGAACAAUUUAAAAGUUUAACAUUAAAACUUGAAUCCCAAGUAUUCUCAAAAGCAAAGGUUUGAGUAAGUCAGUAACUACAGUAUACUAUGAACUUGUUAGUCAGAAUUUAGUCAACUUGGUACCCCCCCUCCCCCCCCUCAUAUAGUGAUGAUAAUAGUAAACUACAUUUAGUCAUACACAGUCAUACAUACAUACCUCUCACCAUGUUGACACAGAAAUUCAUAUCCUCAUUCUGAUCCCCUGCUUCCGGUUUUGUUAACAGUUGCAUGACAUUGCUUUUUAUUUGUUUUGUUUCUUUUUCAUUUUAAUAUUUUUAUUUUCCAUGGUGAAGCGCAUUCUGGACAUCUCUCCUCUGAUGUACCCCUUUCUGACUAUCUGUUCCAUUUGCUUAUGAUUUGAGUUGUCCUGACUCGUUUGUUUGUAUUUAUUUGUUUAUCUUGGUGCCCUCAUCCGUCCAUCUACCAGGAUAGAGCUGCUCCCUCCGUUUUGCCUCAUCUUGUGCCGCAUGAUAUUUUGGUGGUUAAAAAAAAACUACAGUUCUCCUACUCAUCUUCUUGUUUAUGUUUUUUGUGCCAUUAAAGGCUGAUUCUGAAACAUCCCCCAUUUUCGAUUUACAACACAGGAAAUGAAAGGCAACAAAAUAAUUUCUUGCCAUCAUCCUUUUUUGGGCCUUGUGCAGGCAACCCCAUUCUGUCUCAAGAAAGUUGUGUGUGAAAGAAUGACUCCCGCCCCCACAACAUCCUACCCCGACCCCAACCCAACCCCAUCCAACCCCGCCUUCUUUCUCUCAGCCUUUCUGCAUAUACAUGUCUGUUUUGAAUGCAGAUGGCAUAAAAAUAAUUUUAUUGCCACAAAGUAUAUCUGUUUUUCUAUUCUAUAUCUGUUGCUCCUAGUAGAAGGCAUUUGUGGCAUGCAUACGUACGUGACUGUACAAUAGACUAGAAGACUAACUUUCUGUAACUACCUCGGUGACUCCUCCUCCUUCUGCUAAUGCAUGUGGAUUUGAUUGGCGGACAUUUUCUAUGCUUCUACCUCCACCCAUAACUCUGCUCUGAGGCUAACCCUGCCCCGCCCUGCCCACUGUUGUUAUGUGUUUAGGGACAGCAGUGGUGGUUUAAAACCCUUCCACUGUGCCCCUCCUGCUUCUUGUGAUGUCUUGUUUCUGUGUCUGUGUAUGUCUGCCAACCUGUUGUGUCUGUUCUUACUGUUUGUCUGUGAUUGUUUUGUCUAUGUUUUAAAACUGUCAACCUGAAACUACCCUCUGAUCCUGAGAGAGUUCCACAAGAAGGCGAGAGAAACAGUGCAGGAACAGAAUAUUCUACACCUGGGGCUGACUCCAUUUCAAGAACUACAGUUGUACGCUGUACCGAUUCGAUAAGUAGAUGACAACACAAUAAAGCACAUUUCCCUUAACUUACUUUCUUAUCAACCCUCAUUUAGACAGCUAAAUCUCCGAUAGAUGUAAGCCACUUCAGAAGUUGACAAAUUGACUGAUCAACCAGGAAAUCCACAUGCUGUUCAAGUCUCUUGUGAGGGGUCAUCGUUACAAUAAAUGCUGCUGAUGAUCAAUCACUUUGGUUAGCCUAACGCCUAACCAAUUCGGCCAAUCAUUACAUUGUACAUUUACAUUUUAGUCACUUAGCCGACAUUCUUAUCCAGUGCAACAUAAUUUUUCAAAGAACCCAAAGAGCAGAGCGGCAGGUCGUCAGGUACGGAGAUAGUUUACUUCACAGCGCCACUUUCAGUCUCACAGUGCCUGCAUAAAACGAGGACACAGGACAGCCAUCCAGCAGAAGGAUAAACGACAUGUAAUAAAACCUUAUGAAAUGUAACCGCAUGAGCCAUUAGAUUAGCGUAUCAACGACGAUGAAUAGGCCCAGUGAUCUAAUGGAGGACUAACCUAAUUCUGCAUGUCUCUUUAACACAUGAGGCGGCAGGGAAACAUAGAAAGAGAUGCCAUUGAGGAGGCUGUGUUAGAUCGGGAGCGAUGUAGCCCAUGAUUUCUUUAUCGUAGUGCUGAUGGUAGUGCUGAUGAUAUGAAGGACCAGGACGAAGCGGGGGCGUCAGGCGGGCGACGGGCGCGAUGAGGAGAGAGUGAACUAUGAGCGGGACAGAUCAGUGACUCUCCCUCCCUCUCGCCUAGUGGCAUAACGGUGGACCUUGGCUGGCUGGAGCUGCCAUCGUCAGGCCCCAUCGGGCUGACUGUCACUUUGACGCAGGCCCCAGAUCAGUUUAAAGGUUGUUCAGCUGACAUGUCAUCAGAGCGGUGAGGUGAGCUUAAUGGCCCUUCGACAAAUCGACCGGCCGACAGGGUACUCGCUUGGCUGCUUUACACAGCGGUGGCUGGCUGGCUGGAGGAUGCCAAUUUAAUAGGCUGGAGUGCACCCAGCCAGCCUAUCUGCCACACUGUCCUACAAAGGACAGCACAACUCGACAAAAAAACAUCCUAGCUAUCUUCCAUGCUAGGUGACUGGUUAAAGGAUAGGACAGGAGGACACCCCCCACACGCCCGGAGACGCCCGGAUAUCUGCCACCCACACGCCCGGAUAAGGGACACCCCUCUGAAAAAGAAGUCCCCCUCACCCCUGUAGAGUAGGACAUUGGUGCUUCCUCACAAACUGGUGAAGAUUUCUUCCUGUCUUGCUGUCUGUAUUCUGACAAGCUGUCAAUCUUCUCUUAGAUUUAUGCUACUGAGAUUUACCUCGAGUGGAAAAUAUAAACUUUUAAGUUUGUGCCCCAUUGAUCAGUGGUUCCCAACCUUUUUCUGUUACUGUACCAUCAACUGAAUUUUGCGCCGCCUGGAGUACCCCUGAAGCACCCCCUCAUGUGCAUUUUACCAGUAGGCCUAUGGUCUCAUGAGUCUUCUCAAGUAACCCCUGUGGAUAGGCCAAGUACCCCCAGGGGUCCUAGAUGAUAGGAUAAGUUAUUUUUACUUCCCCUCUGAUGCACUUGUAUGUUAUAAUAAGCCCAGGUGCUAUAUAUCCCUUUUAAUACUCUGAGAGUAAGGGCUUUAUUCAAUCAGAUCCACUUUAGCCGACAUCCGCAUAGCAGUUGUUUUGGCGGUGUCGGAGGUGGAACUGCAUUAGAGUUGUCAAAUCCAUAAUGCUCCUGGCAUUAUACCUUAAGCGGACAUUGCCAUUGGUUGCAUGGAGUCACAUUAAUAGAAAUCCCAUGCAGCCUUGUUUACAAGUUCAAACACUGGAAUGUGAGAUGUAAUCUACACCUUGAUUAGGAUGAUAGAAAUCCCUAUUUUUUAAUUUGAGUGUAAUUAUUUAUAUUUAUAAACUGGGUGGUUCGAGCCCUAAGUGCUGAUUGGCUGACAGCCGUGGUAUAUCAGACCGUAUACCACGGGUAGGACAAAACAUUUAUUUUUACUACUCUAAUUAAGUUGGUAACCCGUUUAUAAUAGCAAUAAGGCACCACAGGGUUUUGUGGUAUAUAUUGGCCAUAUUCCACACCCCCUCGGGCCUUAUUGCUUAAAUAGCCUACACUUUCUCGCUCUGAACUUGUAAUGCGAGUAGAGUGGGUGUGGCUUCCUGACAAUGAUCGCAAGAGCAGCUACUCACCGAUUUGACGGCUCCAACACAGUUCCACCUCUAACACCUCCAAAACAUCCACUAUGCGGGUGUCUGCUAUCACCGGUUAACUCUUGAUCUGCUUAAAUCUAGGUCUAAGUGUUGUGUUGUUGCUCGCUGGAGAGGAGCGGAGCCACUCUCUCUCUCUCGCUCUGGUAUUCAUCUCUCUGCAGCAGAGCCAGAGGUGAAUUCAUUUUCUUCAGUAGGCCUCUGGGCGACAAUGCACUAAGGCACAAUGGGCUUUUUGGCCCAAAAACUACUGACUCACCCACAAUCUUCUACCAGCCCUGUAAAAUCCCAUUGAGUCAGUGUGGCCGUGUCUGGGCCGGUGUCGUUGUGCUGCCUGCCUGCUGUCUCUCUCUCUGUGGUGUCCCAGCCAAUAAACCCCGAGCCUUAGAGCUCUGCUACCCAACCCGAGCCCGAAGGGCCCUGACAUUAUACAUCGGCUUAGGGCCGGGUAGGGCCUAUUUUUUCAUCAGGGUACAGGCAGGGCUCGGGUAUCACUAAAUUGAUCACUAACAUUUUGAAGCUGACCCAUUUGCUCAUGCUCUGCUGCGCGGUACAGUCAUAUCUGACUAAAAUCAUAACAUGGUGUCAGAAGUGCUUCAACCUCGUCAAAUAUAAGACAGGAGAGAUUAUUUCACAGAAAAUAAUAUUCCUUGAGUUUUGUUCUGAGUGAAGAAAAGUAGCUAGCUUUCUCAUGUCUUGUCAUUGAGCAUAGCAGCCCAAGCAAAGCCGUUGCUAUGGAUACUCACAGACUCAGAUCCGCCAUAAGCAGAGUGCAUGCAGAGCGAGUUGGCUGCACGCAAGGAGUGAGUGACAGACGGAGAGGAGUAGGUAAUGGAUUUACUAACGUAGGAAGUUAUUUCUGAUUUCGGGUUUCUGGCAGUGCCGGGCCUUAAAUUUGGCGGAAGUAAUUGGGCCUGGGUAGGGUAGGGCCUGAACGUCGCGGGCAUGGGUAGGGCUUAAAAUUCAUGCCUGUGCAGGGCUCUAUGACACGCUGCAUGACGGGACUCAUCUCCAUACGGCUAAUAAAACUUGAAACUUAAAACUUGGGGAGGACAGAAACUGCUGCUCUGAGAUUUUGAUCAUAAUCUGGUUCCCUCCGGAUGUUCAGGUCACUAGUGAGGUUGAGGAUGGUUUUGUUCAAACUGCUUUUGUCCCGUCUAGUCUGACGCAUCCUACAUUAGCGUUCGUCUGUCUGAAGGACCACUUUGUUUAUAGGAUGACGUCAGAAGAUGUUAGUACAUCAUACUGCUUCCCUAUUUAGUCUCAAGGCUUUUCUUUCUAGACUUUAUCACCAUGGGAGAAAGAAAGAGAGAGAGAAAGAAAACACUAGCAGGUGUACCUCCAGGUCUACUGAAGUGUACACUGUAGACUUAUUUGUGAAGGAAGGGAGGCUUAGCACAAAGCCCCUCUGUCUUGACAUUAGCUGAGAAAACUAAAGAAACUGCGUUUCGUUAAGCAAACCCAUUAGAAUGUGCAGUGUUUGCACUGAGGUAAAACACUGAGAAAUGUGCAGUGCUGGUUAGAGUGCUAAUGUAGAGGAUUAAAGUGUUUACUAAAACGUCAAGGUCCUCUGGCAGGCUUUUUCUUCCUAGAGCCACACACACACACCUCUCAGACACACACACACACACUCACACACACACACUCUCACACACUCAGGCAGCUCCCUUCGGAUGGGAUGCAAAGCGUUUGUUGAUCUAGCAGGAAAGCUAACAAUUGCCAAAAGCUUUUAGACAUUCAGGAAUGAAGGAGUGAGCGUACAGAUGCAAACAAGGCCAAGACGAUACAGGGUAGACAGAGAUAAACAGACUCUGAAAUCACUUAGUGAGCAAUGCUACUGUUUUUCUAACAAGGCAGGUAGCCGAUUCCUGAUUAAAACAUUACCAUAGUCACACAAUGGCAACAGGAAUGCUGUGUACAGAGCAGAGUAUAUUGUCUCUAGACUACACACCUGGGCUUGGCGGUGAUCCACGGACCCUAUAGGUUGUGUUAGCUAAAUAACGUGACAUGUACAUUGACAUCCUAAGGCAAGUACCAACCAAUAACGCUAAAGAUACCUAAGCUCUCUUUCAUAGUGAUAAACCUAUAUACACAAUUUUAUCCAAUCACGUCUCUCAGAGAACUGUUCCAGAGCCCAAAGCAGGAGAACCAGGACUAUACAUCUAAAAAGAAAUGUUCUUGUCCCCAUGGGGCAUGGAUAGCCCCAACUCCUUGUGCCCUCUUAUGGAACUUUGUCUAAACACUGUUUAUCUGUCAAGCAAAGGCUGUUGGUUAUGCAUUAGCAUAAAACUGAACUAAACAUUUACUAAAAGUCGACGUUAAUUAAUUAACUUCCACUUGAUUGAUUAGGUAAAUACUAUCACCAAUGGUUUUCCUUCUUCCUACCAGAUGGUUAAUGUCUGAUAAUAGUAAAUGGUUCUUUGCCUGAAAACAAUAUACCCUACAGCCUUUGGUACGAUGACCUCUAGUGACCUUUAACCCCCUCCUGCCACCAUGACCCCCAGCUUGCUGUACUGUUACUGUAUAUUACUCUCCCUAAAUGCAACUUACUUAAAGCAUGCAUUAAACAUGAACCUUAUAGUAAAAACAACUAAAAUAUCCAAUGUCCAAUAUUUUCUUACCUCUCUCUGACGUACACCCAGAUUGCACGCCUGUUUUGUGUUUUAAAAAUACUAACAACAGAUAUGUAUUUCAUAAAGAAAUAACUAAUAACAAUGUUAUUAUUAUUAGUUACUAUAUGAAGUUGGUGACAAUUUCCCCUACGAACUGUUCCUCCUCUCUACGUCUGCCUCAGUGUGUGCUUUCUGGUUGUUCAUCUUUGAUAGUGUGUGAGAAUUUUUUAUGCUUUUAAUUUCUUGCUUGCCAAUUGUUUUUUUUAUUUGUCUGUUUGUACAUAUAUGUAAACAUACAUAUAUGUGGAUAUCUAUGUUAAUUACUGAAAUUACCUCUUUAACAAUCUGAUAAUUAGCUUAGAAGUACUAUUGAUAAUGUUAUCAUGAUUUAUUCUUAAUUAGUACAUUUCUUCCUUUUUUCUUAAUGAUUUUGAUUGGUCGACUGUGGUUGGAAAUCCACUGCUCUGAUUGGCUACCCAAAACACCUGAGCCAUUAUACAAUUACAAAUUACAAAAUCAUUUCAUUGAGAAAAAAAGAGAAGAAAACUCAAAAAUACAACUAUCCUCACCACUAUCUGUUUCAAAUUGUUUCAAAGCUGUUCUUACACUGAUAUAUUCUUUCCUGUUAGCAAUUUUGAUUACAUUUGGAUUAUAAUGAAUUAAUUGAUUAUUAAUUUGUGCAUGGCAAAGAAAGAAGUUGCAGCUUAGGGUUUGUAAAAAACUGUGUUGAAAGUGCUGUUCUCUUUUGUAGAUGGGCAUGUAUAUGCUCAUUGUUUGUAUGUCCCCGUCCCUUCCUUACAGCCAAAAGCUCUAAUGCUGCCCGGCCGCUUCGUGCCACCUUUACAUGGACAUGGCAACUGACGUACACAUUCACCCCCAUCUAUGUCAUUUUUUACCUAGUCUGUUCAUAGGUCCCAACCCCCUCUCACCCCCCACCCCCCCCACCCCCCCCACCCCCCACCCAAACCCCCCUUUACAUAGAGAUGUUAAGAUACAGUCAUCCAUUCAUUCAAAACUAAUGAACAACGAAGUUCAAGUUAAAGGAAAAAAAAACGUUCAAUAAUCAGACUGUAGAUAUUUAUGGAGAAGCUACGUAAAAGCAGCUUAUCUCUCACAAAGCCCAGACUUAUCUAUAGAUGUACAGUUUUCUUUUUUUAAAACAAAAACGACUAUAUCAAAAGAAGAAAAAAAAUCCUGAACAGAAUGGUGAAGAUUAUUUUUCAUGUCAUGAUGUGUGGAUGUAUGUGUUGUUUCCUCCCUGUACCAUCCUGUCUAAAAGAGAUAUAACUUAAUCAAUUAAUCAAAAUUGUUCAAAAGAAACUAACCUAACUUGUCCAAAAGCAUUCUCACACAACUUUCUUUUGUAAAUUGUUUUCUUCCUGCCAAAAUCAUGCGGGCAAUUUGUUGAUGUAAGUUGACAAAAUUGAUGGUAUGCUUUCUUCCUUUUGAAAACUAUUUUUUGUAGGCUCUCUUAUGAUUUUCCAAGCUGACUUUAUUUUACCUCUUUCUACGUACUAAUCCUUCUUAUGGAUAAAUCUGUCUGUGCCUUUAGUUUGUGAAUGUUGAAGAAGUUUGCUUUAACUCUCAGUUUGACAGUCUUAACUGUGUUUGCAUUGCUUUACUUAUAUUUUAUUUUUUUCCUUUUGUUUUCUUUUGUAGAAUUUGUAUUGUUGUUAGAGAUUUGCAUCUUCUUUUAGUGCCCUGUUUGUGAUGAGCCUUUGCAGUGUACAAGCUAGCCACCUUGGCAAGAGGUUUAUGCAGAUUCAAUCGACAUCUGAAUGUUACUUUUGUAUGUUUUUAGAAACAGCCGUAAUAGUAAAAUAAGAUAAUAAAGGACAAGAGAAGGUAAAAGAAAGAUAGAUGCAUGUUCCAAAACUAGCCAAGAACACACAUAUAGUAACUGAUACUGAUAUAAGUGGGCUUCUACACUUGACAAUAAAUAAAAGCAGAACAUUCAGUUGUUGUUGAACUGUCAAGUGACUUUGUGCCAUUGUGGUAACUGUAUAAGAUAAGUCAAAAGGCAAGGGUCUAGGGUCUGUGGGGGAGCCUACGGAAGUCACCAUAGAGAAAACAUGAAUAUAAGAAGGAAUAUUUAGCUCAGUUUCAUUUUGUUAGACCUUAACAAUAGCUACAGAAAGUUUAGCCUGUUCUCUGCACCCUAGAGGAACCCGACAAGGUUAACCUCUAUCUCCAUUAUUAUUUGCAUUGGCCAAUAAUCCAAAACCACAUGGGAAAGCAAAAUCUCACCUUUUUUUUUUUUUUUUUUCUUUUUUUUCAAACAUCACUUUAUGUUGAUGCCUUAUUGCUUUAUAUUAGGAAUUCAGAGAAGAGUGCCCCAGUAGCUACAAAAACUAUAAGACUAUAGCAAGCUGUCUUUGCCUUUCAGCAAAACUUGAGAGUUAUUAGUUAGAACAUAUACUGAGUGUACAAAACAUUAGGAACGCCUUCCUAAUAUUGAGUUGCACCCCCUUUUGCCCUCAGAACAGUUUCAAUUCGUCAGGGCAUGGACUGUACAAGGUGUCGAAAGCAUUCCACAGGGAUGCUGGCCCAUGUUGACUCCAAUGCUUCUGACAGAUGUGUCAAGUUGGCUGGAUGUCCUUUGGGUGGUGGACCAUUCUUGAUACACACAGGAAACUGUUGAGCGUGAAAAACCCAGCAGCGUUGCUGUUCUUGACACACUCAAACUGGUGCACCUGGCACCUACUACCAUACCCCAUUCAAAGGCACUUAAAUAUUUUGUCUUUCCCAUUCACCCUCUGAAUGGUACACAUACACAAUCCAUGUCUCAAUUGUCUCAAGGCUUAAAAAUCCUUCUUUAACCUGUUUCCUCCCCUUCAUCUACAUUGAUUGAAGUGGAUUUAACAAGUGACAUCAAUAAGGGAUCAUAGUUUUCACCUGGAUUCACCUGGUCAGUCUAUGUCAUGGAAAGAACAUUUUGUACAGUCAGUGUAUUUCUCAAGCUUAUAUUGUAUGCAUGUAUCCAGACAGCCAGACACUAGCAAUGCUAGACCAGACAGAAUCAAUACAGUUACACCCCUCUGGUGUGUAGGUCCCAGAGCUACAAAGCCAGCACCAAUAAUGAUAUCUUUGUCCACAAAAGAGUACAAUUGUUAUUGAACUUGAAGCGUAGGAAUUUUAGGUGUGGUAAAAACUCUGUUUGAUAUUUUGGCUCACCCUUGCACAUCCCUUGCAGCCUUUUGAUUCAAUGUAGACAUUUCUAUGGCUAUUGUUUCUUUUCAGUUCAUGGUCUUGUUUGGUUGGUUCUGGUUUCAUUGAAUUUGCACUGGUAUGGUAUUUUCUGUUCUUUAUUAUUUUUUCUUUAAUGUUGAUAUGAUUUCCUUUUGUUUGUUUUUGUUCCGCUUUGCUUUUUAUGUUUUAUGUAAUUAUUUUCUGGUGUUUGAUUGAUUAGCUAUUGUCUUUGUUCAGAACGUCUUGCAUGUCUUCUAACUCUUCUCUUUUCUGUUUCUGUUUGCAGGAGGGGAGUUAGUCAUCCCCGUACUUGUAGAGGAUCCCAUAGACAUCCCUCCUGUCUCCACCCAUUCUCCUUUUACCCCCCUCCCCCCAACCCUCCGGCCCGUCCUCACCAUUAUCGAGACCACCAAAGAGUCCCUGCCCAUGGCCACUGAGGCGGGGGUACCUUGCUUGUCGGACCGAGGCAGCGAUGAUUGUGAUGAUGGUGAUGAUGGUCUUGAUGGUGGUGGUGGUGAUGAUGAUGAUGGUGAUGGAAUGGUGAUAUCGGGGUUUGGCUCUGGCGAAGAUUUCGACUCUAGCCUGCCCCCCACUGACGAUGAAGAUUUUUACACCACCUUCUCCCUGGUAACAGAUAAGAUCUUGACCACGUCGGCCUAUGAAGGUGGCUACAAAGCUCUCGCGCCCAAGUGGGAGGCCAAGGACUUGAGGCCUAGCAAAGCCUCAGAGGCGGGUAGGACUACACCCACCCCGCCUCUACCCAACCUCGGGGGCACUGUAGCGGAGGCGUCCCUCCCCUCGGAUGGCACGCCGCCCAAACUGCCCGCCGGGAAAAUGGAUAACCGUGAGGUGAUCAAACCCCUACAGCCGGACAUAGUCCUGCUGCCUCUGCCGACCGCGUCCUUCGACCUGGAUGGCACCAAGCCCCGCGGGCCCCUCAUCACCUCACCCAUGCUACGCACAGUGCCUGCCACGUUACCCACUGUACCUGUCGUAAGGCGGGUGCCCCCGGGGGCCUCGGAGGUGAUACGAGAAUCCAGCAGCACAACGGGCAUGGUGGUGGGCAUCGUCUCGGCCGCGGCACUCUGCAUCCUCAUCCUCCUCUACGCCAUGUACAAGUACAGGAACAGAGACGAAGGCUCCUACCAGGUAGACGAGACACGGAAUUACAUCAGCAACUCGGCACAGACCAACGGCGCCGUGGUGAAAGACAAAACGCCCAGCGGGGGCAGUGGCGCCAAGGGAGCCAGCAGCAAGAGACCGAAAGACAAGGACAAGGAAUACUAUGUAUAG